GGUUACUUUCCCCCAAGCAACCAGGAAUGCUGCCCAUACGAGGCGCUUUGAAACGCCUGCCGUCGGAACAUCGUUCCUUUUCCCUCCGCCGCCCCUCUCUACCCCUCCAUUACCAGCACGCCUAUUCUCGACGUCACUUUGAGCGAUUCUCUUCGUCCACCGUACCGAACAUCAACAAUUCCUCCAAGCUUUCUGCAGAGUCGCAUCUUUCAACUCCCGCUAAAUUCACGAUGGAUGCCAAUACUAAGCAGCACUAUCUCGCCGACUCUCCCCCCACGGUUGUGCGUCUGGAGGCGAAGCAUCACUUUGAUGGGUUGAAGGAUGAGAAGUUGAGGAAAUAUGCCCACUACAUGAGCAGGGCUGCUUUCGAAGGCACGCGUAUCACCCUUCGCCAGGUCUCCCCCGAGUCGGAGCCGAUCUACGACUUCAUCAUCUCUCUCCACAAAUCCUGCAAUGGCGAUUGGAGUGGUUUGGCCAAGAAAACCAACGUCAGCGAUGAGCACGUUCGGUUCUUCUUGGAGUACGCUACCCAGUUUCUCGGCAAUUGUGGGAAUUACAAGGGCUUCGGUGACACUAAGUUUAUCCCCCGGUUGCCGGUGGAAGCCCUGGAAGCUCUGGCGUCAGGAACUCCCGAGACGAAGGCCGCGUUCCAGAAGGCGAACAGCACGGGCGGCGGGUUUUUCGAGACUUCCCAGCAGGCGCUUAUGCACCUUGGGUACCCGGAAGAUGGCCAUAUGACUACCUAUUACCCUGGUUCUCCGUCGAUCACCAAGGACGAUAUCACGGCUAUCGGCGACUUGAUGGAGAAGAAGGGGCUUCCCCUCGAAAACACUAGGCUUAGGAAGAAUGCCUCUGGGGACUUUGAACUGUUAAUUGCCUCGGGUAUUUCCGCGCCCCCGGCUCGGGAACGGGACCUUGGCGCUGUCGAUACGCUGGAGCUGGAGGGUCAUUUGAAAGGGAAAAAGGUCCGCCUCGUGUUCGGUGACCACCAGGAGGAAAUGGCCAAGGUUGCGCACAGCAUCAAGCUGGCCGAGAUCAAUGCGGCGAAUGACAACCAGAAGCAGAUGCUGGAGGCCUACGCCAAGUCGUUCGGCGCUGGCUCCAUCGAGGCAUUCAAGGAGAGUCAGCGGGUCUGGGUCAAGGAUCAAAAACCGGUGUUGGAAUCAAACAUUGGAUUUGUCGAGACCUACCGGGAUCCUCACGGCGUCCGCGGAGAGUGGGAGGGCUUUGUCGCUUUGGUGAAUUUGGAGCGGACCCGGGCCUUUGGGAAGCUGGUGGACAGUGCCGAGAGCAUGAUUCCCAAGCUCCCCUGGGGGAUUGAUUUCGAAAAGGACAAGUUUCUCAGCCCGGACUUUACCUCGCUUGAAGUCUUGAGCUUCCAGUCAUCUGGCAUCCCUGCCGGUAUUAACCUACCGAACUAUGAUGAUAUCCGCCAGAAUCUCGGUUUCAAGAACGUCUCCCUUGGAAACGUGCUGAGUGCCAAGGCCCCCAACGAACCCAUCCCCUUCAUCGCUGAGAAGGAUCUCGAAGUGUAUCGACGAUGCCGCGAUCCCGCUUUCGAGGUGCAGGUGGGUAUUCACGAACUCCUUGGACAUGGAACAGGCAAGCUUCUCCAGGAGACCGCCCCGGGUGAAUACAACUUCGAUGUGCAGAACCCUCCUGUGAGCCCCGUCACGGGCAAACCCGUGAUUAGCUGGUACAAGCCGGGUCAAACAUGGAGCUCUGUGUUUGGUUCGAUUGCCUCAUCCUACGAAGAAUGCCGCGCCGAGUGUGUGGCCAUGGCUCUCAGCUGUGACUUUGAGAUCCUCAAGAUUUUCGGGUUUGGGGAUGGGAAGCAGGACCUCUCGAACGAGGCCGGCGAUGUUCUAUAUACGGGAUACUUGCAGAUGGCCCGCGCAGGCCUGGUCGCAUUGGAGUUCUGGGACCCUAAGACCGGAAAGUGGGGACAGGCUCACAUGCAGGCGCGGUACAGCAUUUUGCGGACGUUCCUCGAUGCUGGAGACGACUUUGUUAAGCUUGCUUACACCAAGGAGGAUCUGUCUGACCUCGAGAUCCAUCUCGAUCGGUCGAAGAUCCUCUCGCACGGCCGCCCCGCGGUGGAGAAGUACCUGCAAAAGCUGCAUGUCUAUAAGAGCACCGCGGAUGUUGAGGCCGGGAAGCAGCUCUACGACGAUAUCACCUCGGUCGACGACUGGUGGGGAACCAAGGUCCGGGAGAUCGUCCUCAAGAACAAGGUCCCUCGUAAGGUGUUUGUCCAGGCCAACACUGUCCUUAACGGAGACGAGGUGACUCUGAAGGAGUAUGAGCCGACACUUGAAGGCUUGAUCCAGAGCUAUGUCGAACGCGCUAGAAGAAACGAUCAGCGAGUUGAUUAUGGGAGCUCUCUCGUGAUCUCGGGCCACGUAGAUGCAUCUCUUGCAGUCAUUAGGAUGGUAGCGCGUGACCCCAGGAGUGGCGAGGGAAAUCACACCGGCUCUUUUUCCGAUCGAAUUAUUUCAAAUUUCGACGACACCUUGUCGUGGCAAUCAACUCCCCCUGGCUCGCCUACCACGGCGCGGCCGCCUCAUCACCUAGCGGACCCUAUUGCGGAGGAAGACGACGACUUCUACGCCGCGCCGCCACCCCACUCGCCAUCAUACUCUGAGGCGUCCUCUUCUCACUACUAUCCGCCCGGUCCUCCACCGUUCUCUUCACUGGACUUUGUCCCCGGAAUCGAACCCGAUCGCGCUAAACCUGCGGAAACCGAACCCUCGUCGGCUCCUAUCCCCCCACCCUUUGUUUCUCCAUCCCCAGAGGAGCCCCUAGAACCGGAUCCGUCGCCGUUGCCCUUGGUCGCAGAAACCAAGUCUGCGUUUACGCCGGAGCAGAAACCGGAUUCGCAAGGAAAGUCUACGGAAGACGGAGAGCCACCACCGCCAUACACCGAAGGAUCUAGUCCCAUUGAAUCAUUUACAUACGUGAUGGCGGCAGCAGGAGGCGCAUCGAGUAUCAUUACUCAGGUGCAGCAGGCAGGCGGGCCCCCUAUCAAUACGCUUGGUGAUAUCGGCGGGGAUGAACAUAUCACGCUGGAUCUCCGGGGUACCCGGUUUACGCUCUCUCGGGAUGAAUUGUUGACCUUGCCGGAAUUUGUCCUUCUAUCUCUUUUCCCGAACGGUCUACUCCCGGAUGGACAUAUGGGCACUUUCCAUGAAGGUGAUAUCUAUCCAGUCGAUUACGAUCCCGCGUCGCUUCAAUACAUGCUGGAUUUCUUCCGCUCGGUCGCCCAGUCUAUCCCCUCCUCGCCAUCUGCGUCGACGUCGCCCGACAUGGAUAUGUCCGAUUCCAUGCAAGGAUCGGCUAAAGAUAUGCUCCAGGAUCGUGCCGGCAUUAUCGUGUUACGCGAGGACCUUGAUUUCUAUGCGAUUCCGCCGCGUCAGGAUAUCGACCAUACGGAGAUGAUGGAGGUAAAGCGCGCGGCUGCCAAAGCAUUGCUGCAACAGGACGGGAUCUUUUCCGGUCUGAGGAAAAGCGAGGAGGCCGGCUCCACCGAACAACAUCUGAUUGAGAUGUUGACUGCAGGCGGAUUUGAUCGCGACGACCGGUGGGGCCAUCGGGCGCCCGAGCCUAGCAAGGCCGUCAUCUGUAGCUUGGCACUGGCCAAACUUCGAACCGAUAUCAAGGGCGACUUGUCCAAUAACAAUUCAGUCGGCAUGGCUCAAAAGCUCCUUCUUUUCUGGCGAAAGCCCGCCAGACGGUGCUGGUGGGAGGGGAUCGAAUUGGACAACGUGGAUGGGGUCGAUGGCCCUGUUAAGAUUUGGAUCCGCAGAGUAUGGACUCUGGAGAUGAGCGUCAUUGGGCUCCGAUAGCCCUUUAACGCGGGUUUUGUUUGUUUUUAAUCUGGACAGUUUUUCUCGUUCGUUCAUUGCUACACUGCAUCUUACUGAUUCUGGUUGCAUACUUGAUACAUACCAUCACUGCGGCUUUACUUUAUUUUUGUACUUCUUUUUUGCCACCUCGAUCUUUUCUUGCGAGUCAACGAUAUCCGUAUUGACAAUUGGGUGUUAUGUGCUUGAUUCUGUCUAUAAUCCCAUUAGCUGGCCGGUCCCCACGCAUUGAUCUUGUAUUUUUGAUUUUAUUACUUUCCUUAUUCUGUGUGCUUUCAUUUGUACCCUUCUAUUAUAUUCUAGAGAAGAUAAAACCAAC